CCCGUAUUUUCCUCUCAGUCCUGCGGGUGGCUCCGACAGCAGAGCUUCACUUCUUCAGACAUAUGGCCGAGAGACCUCACGUUAAACUCACCUUUACGAGACGAGAGCAGCUUUAAUCGCACGCGGUCGUAGACUCGACGCGAAAGCGACCUAUUUUAGUGUACAGAAGUGCGCGGAGGAAUAAGCAGACAAAAAGCAACACGUAUCCGCUGGGAUUUGAGUCCUGUGAGAGAGCGAGCGCGCGCGAGAGAGGGAAGAGUUUCUCCAAAAGUGGAAACAGACGAGGGGGACGAUAUUUUCCGUUUUCACGAGCGAAGACUAAGGAAUUAUGAGGAACGUUUGGAUGAUAUUAACCCUCGGCUUGACAGCCUUUCUUUCGGGGGAAAGGAUAGCAGUCUCUGCGGCCAAAUCGCCCUCCUUGACCGAUGACUUAUACCUGGAGGACGCCGGGUCAGGAGGUUACCCUGAAGAUGACGACGACUUCAGCUCCGGAUCAGGAUCGGGAGCUGGAGAGGAUAUUGUGGAAGUUGCCACAGUAAACACACUGUUCAUCGUGCCUAAAGCAGAGCCCACACAGGACUCCACCAAAGACUUCACGCCGAAAGUGGAGACAUCGACAGCACGCGAUGCUCCCAAAGACACAAAGAAACGAAUCAGGAUAGAGUCUCCAGUUCCUGCCACAGAAGACUCACGUAGAAACCCCGUCACGAGCACCACCAGCCUCCCUGGAGCCUCCCAGGAGGUCCAGUCGGAAAAUCUCUUCCAGAGGACAGAGGUUUUGGCAGCUGUCAUUGCGGGUGGAGUUAUCGGCUUCCUCUUUGCCAUCUUCCUCAUCCUCCUCUUGGUGUACCGCAUGAGAAAGAAGGACGAAGGCAGCUACGACCUCGGGGAGAGGAAGCCGUCCGGAGCGGCCUAUCAGAAAGCUCCGACCAAGGAGUUUUACGCAUAGACUCGCUUCAUCAGCCAGAGUGAUGGUCUAAUAUCAGUGACUACGACAAACUCCUUCUGCAUUAAAAAAAUCAUAUGACAUGAUUGAGGAAAAAAAUAAAUAACGCAAGGAAAGCUUUUGCAUAGAGUAUUGUAAUUAAGAGCUUUUCUUUCCUCUUUUUUUUUUUUUUUUUUUUAAAAAGAAUGAAAAAGCAAACAUUGCUUCUUCUUUUUUUUUUUUUUUUUUUUUUGGCAAAUCUCUCUGUAUUUAAACAUUAUUUUCUGUGUAUUUGAAAAAGCUGUAAAAAAAAAAAGGCGAGGAUAUCCGCAUCCGUCUUCUGUCAAAGGAGCUGUUUUUAGUCGCUGACUACUUUUUAACUGUAGCAGUAUGUAUUUGUAAAGAAAAAUUUUAAAGUGGAAUAAUUGAAUAUAAUUGUUCUGUAUCAGUCCUGAUUUCAUUUCUCAUCAUCUUCUUUUUUUGUCCUAGCAUGUCUGAUGUUGAUCAUAAGUGUUUCAUUAAUUUAUCAUUUUCUCGGAUGUUUGAAAAAUGCCUUUCUGUAGUCUAAUAACUCUUCAGUGUAAAUGUUUCCCUGCAGCUCACAUUAACUUUGGUGCUUAGAACUGAAAAUACGAUAAAAGACCCGUUUGAUUUGAGUUUCAUCGCCGCUUGAGUGUUUGUAGGUUAAGAGAAACGACCAGUGCCAUUUGAACCCUCGCAUACGUCAAUUCUCGACAGCCUCAUCCUGGCGAACGGACGCGGCCUGCCCUCCUCCAGACACGUAUUUCCUUUGAUCAGAGCGCCGUUCUGAUGUUUCACUGAUGAAAAGCCCACAUUUAUCCUCACGUCACACUGCAGUGAUCUGUUUUAUUAGUUCGUGGAGAGAGUAGAUCUGAUUUUUACUGUUACAGGGGCCGUUUUCCAAACUGGCAUCUUGGAAUCACCAUUGAAAUCAACCGUUUCCAGUGAACUAGUUUGAAAUGAGGUUCAUCCGUGGUGUUAAAUGCUCAUCAGAAACCAUUACGGAGGCCAGUAACGUCCCCUAUUCAACUCACGCUCUUUAGAUCCAUAUAAAGGCUGUGAAGUUGCCUUGAGAAGCGUGAAUCCCUGUGUAUCUUGACUGUGACCAACACCCCGAAGUGACUGUACAGACCCUCACCUGAUGUAAGCUGGAGCUGAACAAAGCAAGGUACUGAGAAAACAUCUGCAAACCCAAAGACUCGUUUGAUUUUCACAUUGCUGUGUAUUCCUUUGGCCACAUUUGAGUUUUGUUUUGUUUCAUUGUUAGCUGUUAGUUUUGUUUUCGAGUAUACAUCUGACCUUUGCAUCCAAUUACUUAUUCAUGUAUGGGGAAAAAAAAAUCUAUAUAGAAUUAUAUAUAAAUGUAUAUUCACAAAUGUUUUAAACCUUGCCUUAAAAGUGCCUACCAUUUGAAAACGUGCAGAUGUCUGUCAUUUAGACGCGAUGUGUACGUCGUGAGUGGCUGGAGUGACGGUUCUUGUGUUAGCACAGCAGAAUGAAAUGGUGACUUUUUUUAGUUGUACAAAAGCAGACAGUAUUGUACCUAUAAGUUAAAACAACACUACUGAAUAAACAUUGUGGCCUAAA